AUGGUCGAUCUGAUACUGACUACCAAGAAGCAGAAUGAAAUGGAACACCAAGCUCUCCAGAGAGCAGGUGCCUGGUCCAAAUAUACGUCUAGCAGUUUGGUAGCUCUGGCGGGAAAAAGGGAAAGAUCAGAUAUCGAGAGUCUUAUGAAGGUGCCACCGAUCACGCUAUUCCAAUCCAUCCGGUCUCCAUGGUACGUAGGGGGGGACGAUGAUCAUAGAAGAUCAUGA